AUGAGACUUAGGAUAAGACUAUUGAUAUUGGUAUCAAUCUUCAGUGUUAUCGCAUAUAUUGGCUAUAUAAGCUCUUCUAAUUCAGAAGAUUUAGAUUAUUUGGCAAGAAUAAAGCCUUAUAUUUAUAAGGAUAGUGAACCAGAUUACAAACCAAUUGUUGGACAAGUUGAAAAUGAUCCUAGACACCAAUUCUGGGAUAAGAUUUUUGAUAUUUUUGAUGCUGGAGACUUCAACUUGGAGGGAGUUAACGUCAAAGAUGCCAUAGAGUACGUUGCACGUGAAGAUCAAAUUGAAGGUCCCGAUACAAAGAAUGUUCUUUUGUCUAAAGCCAAAAUAAAACCUGGUGUUUUCGAUGAAUUGAAAAACAAACACAACUUGGUGAAGAGCCAGUUACCGAAGAAGUUGGCUCCAUCCACUUACAAGCUGGGUUCCAGUGGAAUUGUGUUGAUUGGAGGUAUCAAAUUUUCAUGGUUGUCGUACUUAUCUUUGGUUGCAUUAAGAAAGGCGGGAUCUAAAUUACCUGUAGAGAUUAUCAUGCCUCAGCAUGAUGACUUCGUUAAAGAGCAAGAAUUUUGUACCACUGUGUUACCUAGAUUAAAUGCUGCCUGUGUUGUUUUACCAGAUGUUUUAGGGGCCUCUGUCAUGGUAAAAUGGUCCAGCAAAAUGGCAACUUAUCAAUUGAAGUCAUUGGCUUUGAUGGUCUCCAGCUUCCAAAACGUUUUGUUGUUAGAUUCUGACAACAUUGUAGUACAGAAUCCCGAUAAAUUAUUUGAAAGCAAACUAUUCAAGACUCACGGGAUGAUAACCUGGCCCGACUAUUGGAAGAGAUCCAUUUCUCCCUUAUUUUACGAUAUUGCUGGUAUUAGCGUCAACGAAAGGAAAAGAGUUAGGUAUGGGAGAUUCCCAUUAGCCGUUGACACCACCGUUAAAACGAAUGUCGAAGAAAAAGAGGAUGAAAAGGAAAAUGUCCCUUAUCAUGAUUUGCAAGGAACCAUUCCCGACUUAUCCACAGAGUCAGGUCAAUUCCUUAUCAACAAAGAUAAUCACGCUUGUACUUUAUUAUUGUCAAUGUACUAUAAUAUGAUGGGCCCCAAUUUGUAUUACAAGCUAUUCUCUUUGGGUGCUCAAGGUGAAGGUGAUAAGGACACUUUUCCUGCUGCUGCAGUUGUUUGUAAGGAUAAUUUCUAUCAAGUCAAAUCUUUCAUCAAAACAUUCGGGUACUUCGACGACAAGGAACAAUUCCAAGGUGUAGCCAUGGGCCAAAAAGACCCUCUUGUUGAUUUUAACAAAGUUGACACCCAUGUGAUCAAACCGUCGUACACUAAAGAGUUGAAAUCCAAGCCUAUCGAAGAACAAAUUGAAAGGAUCAAGACAAUUGAAAGUGAGCACUUUGAUCAAGAUUCAUUACCUUUAUUUACUGUGCAUUGCAACUAUCCAAAAUUGGAUCCGAUAAAUUUGAUGGAUAGAAAGGACAUGUUUGAUGAAGAAAAUUACAGAUUGAAAUAUAGACUUUACAGCGAUUUGAAAUAUAACGAUCCAAAUAUAAAAAACAAACUAUUAGAUUUUGAAUUGGAACAAUGGAAAAAUAUUGAUCGCUCGUUAUGUGAGGAAUCCAUAAGUUUUGUCCACUUCAAAAAUCACAAUAUUGAAGAAAUCUGUAAGUUUGCAAAAGCUCAAGUAAAAUGGUUAAAUGGUAACUAA